AACUGUCGAUGUUUCAAGCAGUAUCAUAUGAUUGAUGUCGCUUAUACAUUGAUGGAAAAAUGUGUUUGUGUGUAUCUAGAAAUAGUUACUCCCCAGUGAAAGUUGAAGAAUAUGAAACUGAAAGGCGAUUUGCUGUAUAUCAGAGUGGAGCUAAUUUAACUGACUUAAAAGUUGAUCCUAAAACUCCAGAGGAAGAGAACCAAAUCAAAACUGCAAUAAGAAACAAUGAAUUUACUAGUAAAAUUAUAUCUGGACACAUUCUUGACGAUGCUGUAUCGGCUAUGUACAAGAGAAAAGUGAAAGCUGGCGAAAUAAUUAUAAGAGAAGGCAAGAAAGGUACUCACAUGUUUGUUUCAAAUAGUGGAACAUUCGAAGUUACUAAAUACGAUUUUAAAGAUAAUUUUGAUGAUAUUAGAGUAUUUGGAGAAUUGGCUAUUUUAUAUGAUGCAAAACGACUUGCGACAAUAAAAGCAUUAACUAACGCUACAGUAUGGGUGUUAGACGCACCUGUAUACCAUCAUCUCCUUAUUAGACACGCUGUAAAAGAACAGAAUGAAAAAGUUAAUUUUCUAAUACAAAAUGACGUUCUCAAAAAUGCCGGCGAUAAGAUAUUGAAGUUGGCUGCCAAUUCUUUAAAAUCUGAAUUUUAUGCCGGAGGAAAAACUAUUAUCAAAGAGGGUGAAAAAGGUAACAAGUUUUAUAUUGUGAGGGCAGGCUCGGUAACUGUAUCGAAAAAAGGCGAAGGAAUUGUGGGAAAUUAUAGCAAAGGUUAUUUUUUUGGAGAAAGAGCUCUAUUAGAGGAAUCGCGGAGACAAGCUACCAUAAUAGCUAAUCCACCUUUGGUAGAAUGUCUUAUUCUCUCAAGAAAAGUUUUCUUAGAACUCACGGAAUAUUUUCGAAUAGAACCAGCCCGAGUAACGAGGAAAAAAUCAUCUCAAUAUCAAGAUAUUAAAUUGGAAGACUUGGAGGUGAUUUCAAAUAUAGGUAUAGGGGGAUUUGGAAGAAUUGAUUUGGUCAGACAUAAAGUUAAUAAGAAAAUGUUUGCUCUGAAAUACAUGAGUAAAUUUAAUAUAGUCGCCGAUCAAAGGCAACAACAUGCUAUUAACGAAAGGAUGCAAAUGCAGUUGGAUUCACCUUUCAUUGUAACGAUGUAUAGGACAUUUAAAAAUAACAUAUACGUUUUUUAUUUAAUGGAACUUUGUCCAGCUGGUGAUCUUUGGAAUAUUCUGUACAGAGAAACACCCGAACGACGUUUCAAAGAAAAAGACGCCAAAUUUAUAGUAGGAUGCGUUCUGGAAGGUUUGGAUUACUUACAUUCUAGGGAAAUUAUUUUUAGAGACCUGAAACCGGAGAAUGUACUUUUAACAUCGACUGGUUAUUUCCAGUUAACAGAUUUUGGAUAUGCAAAAAAAUUAUCGAAAUUUGAAAAAACGUUCACUUUUGCAGGAACAGUCGAAUAUGUAGCUCCAGAAUUAAUUUUGAAGAAACCAUAUAAUAGAUCUGUGGAUAUUUGGUCAUGUGGAAUUUUUAUUUAUGAAAUGUUAUGUGGUAAAACGCCUUUUGUUUCUCCAGAUAAAAACGAAAAUGUUAUUUUCAAAAAAAUAUUGAGUGGAAUAGAAAAUAUUAAAUUUCCCAGUGUGAUAAAUCAAGAUGCGAAGGAUCUUAUUUUAAAAUUAUGUAGAUCUAAUCCACCAGAUAGAAUAGGUAUGGAAAACAGUGGUAUUUCAAAAAUAAAAAAACAUAAAUGGUUUAAUGGUUUUUCAUGGCAAAAGCUAGAGAAUCUUGAAAUGGAAUCAUCGUUUAAAGAAACAGCAAAAAUAAACAGGCUAGGAACUAAAUUAAAACCAGAUCCAGACAUUCCACAAGAGGAAACUUCCGGAUGGGAUGAAGAAUUUUAGAAAGAGCGUUUGUCUUAAUUAAUUCAGCCAAUAAAAAUCACGAUUUCUAAAC